AUGUUUCCCAACACCGAACGCAGACCAGAUACUUCCUGGCAUCCAAACCGGGGUCUCUAUUUUGCGACUCAGGAUUACAGCGAUAAACGACAGCUGGGGGCUCCUAAAGUCUUCGUGCCUCCACCUGACCUCGAGUACCACAAUGGGAAGCCCUCUUUCAGAGUUCAUGUGUCUCCAUUUACCCAACUCUCCACACACUAUGGCAAUCCGGAUUUCCUGGCUGCGUUAGUCGCUUGUCAAAAGCUGGACCUGAACCACUCGUUGCUCAUAUGGCAAUACGAGAUGCGCAGGAGUGCCCAGAGUAUCCUCCCGUUCUUGCUGCUGGGUCCAAGCAGUUCUGCCAAAGACCCUGUAUUUGUGAAGCAGGCAGGCAUCACCCUCCUUGUGGCAGUCCGCUCUCUCAGAUCGCUGCAGACAAGACCGAGUUUCCUCGAUCCUGCAAGCUUUCCCUCGAGCGCAGGACGAGCCACUUUAACUUUAGAUUUCGAUCGUCCACACGAUUUCAUUCCACUUGUUAAGUCGACAGUCCGAGCGAUAAAUGACCAUCUCGAGGCCUCGUGCGUCAGCACCCCGGCCCAGCACCUUGACGACAUCCGCGGCAAGGUUCUGGUCUUUUGCGAGUCGGGAAAUGAGCGAUCUCCGUUACUGGUCGCAGCAUACUUGAUGAUUGUUUACGGAGUAGAUGCAAUCGCCGCCAUUCAUAUCAUCCAGUCCCAGCGCUUCUGCAUUGUUUUAUCAGAUGAAAUGAAGAACGUCCUCCUAGAUCUGCAGGCCAUCACCAGAGCCGAACGUCAGGUCUCCGACUCAAGUGCUGGCAAAUCGACGCACGGUCCCGAUGCUGCGCCUCGACCGAAAACACUCGGCAAGCGGAACCUGGAUGAUUUCUACGACUCCGACGAAACCAUGGAGUGCGAUUCCGAGCACCUGUAUGGUUCUCGUGUUCGAGAAGGAGUGGCCCCGUUUGUGGACAGCCUUGGGUCCUAUUGA